AAGCUCCUCAAUUCAUCUGAAUACUUGAGUGACAAGGGCGGAUUCGAUCCCGAAUCAAGCACAAUGCAGUCAAUUAUCCAACACCGCAGGAUCCGCCAUAGGCUCCAGCAACAAUUUGUUACAAAACAUGAGAAGCCCGGGGAUGUCUGGACCCACGAGGGCCGCUACGAUUACCGUGAAGGAGAGAUCCACACGGAAGCUCGCGAGCCGAUUGAUGACUUGGCUGCGGAACGAAUGAGGGAGCAUGGCCAUCGCACUUUCAUAUCUGGGCCAUCCCUUCAGCCUCGCCAUACCACUCGAUCACAUAUGGAACGGGAAGGAGAUGUCGAGGGCGCGGAGUACGAUCCGGAACUCUCAACCGAUCCGCAUACCAUCAAUGCGGCAGAGACGCUGGGAAACACGGCUGAUAUUAUGGUGACUGGUGUUGAAAGACCCCGGCCGGGUGAUCAGGAGACGGACAGUGAAACUGAAGUUGAGUCAGUGAAAAGGAACAAACUUAUUGUCGUCACAUUUGAAGGUCAAGGUGACAGAAUGGACCCUCACAACUGGACAAUCAGACGUCGAGUGUUGACUACUCUUCUUACUUCACUUAUGGGAUUUGUGGUCUUCUGGUCAUCCACAAUCGAUUCCACUGCUCUCCCAACAACCAAGAAAUUAUAUCAUACCAAUUUUGAGGUCCAGACUUUGCCGACUGCUAUGUUUCUGAUUGGUACUGGACUAGGUGCAUUGGCAACAGGACCUGUAUCAGAAGUCUUCGGACGCAAUCCCGUGUACAUCCCCACCAUGAUUGGGUUCAUGUUGUUCAACAUGGGCGCAGGGCUUGCUCAAACAGUGGUACAGCGAAUUGUUUGCCGCGGGCUAGCUGGAUUCUUCGGGUCUGCCCCGGCGCUUUUAUCAGCAGCAUCCCUCGUGGACAUCUGGUCACGCAUUGAACGAGUCUACGCCUUCCCGAUCUAUUCGAUAAUCGUCUUCACGGGUCCAUUGGUGGGCCCAGUACCAGGAUCAUUUGCCGUCAGUGCUAAAUCGGUAAGCUGGCGCUGGGUGGACUGGAUGACCAUAAUUCUCGCAGGACUCAUCCUGAUCCCGGUUGUGUUCUUCCUGCCUGAGACAUACAGCCCAAUCAUGCUGUACUGGAAAGCUCAAGAGCUCCGCCGCAUGACAGGCGACGACCGGUAUCGGUCCCCGCUGGAGUUCAGAAAAGCCACGUUCAUCCAGCGCAUGCGUGCCUCACUAUACAAACCACUUCAGCUUUUUGCGACAGAGUCAAUUAUCGGGAUCCAUGCGGUCUACCUCUCGCUCCUCUUCAUGAUCCUGUACACCUUCAUCGCGGGCUACGUCUCCAUCUAUGAGAAAGCAAACAACUUCAGCCCGACCUCCACCGCCCUCGCGUUCCUGGGAAUUGAGGUCGGAGUCGUUCUUUCCGCACUGACACUCCCGAUUUCAAUGUGGCUCCUCCGCAGAGAUAUCUACCAAAGCCGUGAGAGAGGCCACCAGCGGCCGGACCCGGAGAUCAGUCUGUACAUGGGUAUGUUUGGUGCGCCUUGGAUCCCCAUCUCGCUAUUGUGGAUGGGCUGGACAGCCAGACUCGAAAUCUCGUUCUGGAGCCCGCUUAUCGCUUCGGUGUUCUUUGGCUUUGGGACGUUGUGUGUCUUCGUCUCGGGGUACCAGUAUGUCGCUGAUGCGUUCGAGUCACAUGCUGCAAGCGCGCUUGCCACUCUUCAGAUGUUCCGGCUUGUUGCUGCCGGUAUUAUGGCUAUUAUCGCAGAAAUUAUGUAUACGAAGCUUGGCGUUGGAUGGACGUUGACUCUCUUGGGUGGGAUUUCGUUGUUGUUUUUGCCUGCACCUUAUUUACUCUACUGGAAGGGGCAUAAAAUCCGUGCACGGAGUCGGUAUGCACGCAGGAAUGAACACGGCUGA